AUGGUGCAAGCGAUUGUUGUCAGUGCGCCGGCCACCCUUGCGGUCGAAAACGACCGCCCCCUGCCCACUCUUCGGGAUGACAGCAUCCUCGUGAAAGUUGCCAGCGAUGCAGCCACCCUGGGCGUUAAUCUCGUCACCGUCAGUCAAUCGCUCUACCAGGCCUUGGGGCUGGCUCCUCCUUCUCGUCCUCUCUCCGCACCGCAAUACAUCCUCAUCUACGGCGGCUCCACCACAGUCGGCACCCUGGCAAUCCAGUACGCUAAGCUCUCCGGCUACAUGGUCUACGACCACCACGACCCGGCCGCCCCGGAGCAAAUCCGCGAAGCCACCCAGGACCAACUGGCCCUGGUGGUGGACACCAUCUCGACUCCGGAAACCGCCUCCUUUUGCGGCCAGGCAAUCAGCCAAGCCCAAGGGGACGAGUACACGGCCCUGCUCCCCGGUGCUCCCGUGCCCCGGGAGGAUGUUCGUAGUCACUGGACCCUGGCCUACACCACGGGUGGCUAUGACUUUCUGUUCCACGGUCAGCGCAUCCCGGCCAACCCGGCCGAUCGGGACUUUGCGGAGGCCUGGCUGGAGACCGCGACGCGCUUCUUGGCCGACGGCGCGGUCGUCCCGCAUCCGGUGCGGUUGGGCGACGGAGCCCCGGAGGUAGAAGUGGUCGGAGUCGGCUGGGCCACCGACGAAGUAGAAGCCACCGACGAAGUGGAAGUCACGGUCGACGAAGUGGUGGGCGAUGAAGAAGAGGUCACUGACGCGGAUGCUGAGUCCCCGUCUGAGGAUUCAGAAGAAGAAGAAGAAGAAGAAGAAGAAGAAGAAGAAGAGAAAGAAGAGGCAGCAGUGGUCACUGUUCCAACACCCGCGGUGCUGGACUCCUCCAGGCUCGAUUUCGAGAAAUCUUCCACCACUUCCCACACGGAUGUUGAAACCCGGGGGCUGGUCGCCACACCAGCAGUCUUCGCCCUGGAGGGCCAAGAACAGUCCCUUCUUUUCAUCACACAGUCUCUGGCAGUACCCUGGCGAUUGGCGUAUUCGUCCCAUUCCACCGCCUGGGCCGAGACAAUCAGGAGAGCCAAAGCGCCCAACGAGGUAGAAGAUGAGGCGAUCAUUAUGGGCCUGGGUCACAGUCACGAUUUUUUGGGAGGUUGCGGAUAUGGUGGGAGGAAGAGUAAGACGGAGGUGGAGUCGAAGAAAAAGCUGAAAUUGUCGGCCUCGUCGCAGCUGGCAAAGGAUCGGCCCCCCUUCAGCCAAAACCACGACAUCCUCUCUUCCCAUUCAUCGUUCGUGCCCUCCCCGGUCUUCUCAUUGCAGCUGCUCCAGCGGGUGUUUGCUAGCCCGGUGUUGCCGCUCAGAGGCGCGCACCCACGGGACGGCGGAACGACGUAG